UCUUUAGAUUGUAACAUCCUAGGCACUAAACAAUUGCUCUCGUGUUUAGUCGCGGAAAGUGUCAUUUACGAUCCUACGGAGUGUUUGUUUAAUUAAUAAACAGUGAAAACCGUAGUAAGCAAAAAUGGCUAAUCCUGCUCUAAGAGAUAUGGUAGAAGAAGAUGCGGCAGCGUUAGUGUUCCCAAAAGAGUUCGAGAAUGCAGAAACGCUGCUGAUCAGCGAGGUGCACAUGCUGCUGGAGCACCGGAAGGCACAGAACGAAAGUGCUGAGGAGGAGCAGGAAUUCUCAGAGGUGUUUGUCAAGACGCUGGGCUACACCAAUCGCUUUCGAAAGUUCAAGAACAAGGACACAAUUGCCGCUGUACGUAGUCUGCUGGCACAAAAGAAGCUGCACAAAUUUGAACUGGCUUCGUUGGCGAACCUGUGUCCGGAGAACCCCGAAGAAGCAAAGUCACUGAUUCCGAGCCUGGAAGGGAGAUUUGAAGACGAGGAGCUGCGACAGAUCCUGGAAGACAUCCAGACGAAGAGGAGCCUCCAGUACUGAUGAUUGUGCACUGCAUGUGUUUGAUACCUGGCUGCCGGCAACGAGUUGCACAUAUGUAUCAUUGUAGGGGAUGAUUGUUCUUUUAAGCAAAGUUUUCUGUGUUGAGUUUAUAUUCUUUGUUAGGGUUUUUCUGGCAUUUGUUUAAUGGACUUGUAAGUUAUUUUGCCACACAAAUGUGAUUUCAGUUAUUACUGUCAUUCAUUGCAUUUAAAAAAUGGGUCAGCUGAAGUUAGUCUGUAUAAUUACUCCAACUGACUUCCCUUAUUUUGUUACAAAACAGUGAAAUAAUUGAUCAGUAAAUGAACAGACUACUGGAAACUUAAAUUCAAGAAUAGAACAGUAGUCACAUCAGGAUAGUUAGUAAUAGAAACACACAACUUCCACAGUUUCUCAAUUUUUACCUGUAUUUAACACAUUUGUGAUGGCAGUGUGAUAUUGACUGGAAUAUUGUGUGCAUAGAGGAACUUCUAUUUUGUAAAAACUGACAUUCCAGAAACAAGGGAUUGUGUUGCUGCAGCAGUCUUUUUCUUUCCAGUUUCCACACCUGUUAUAACUUGCAUGAUUGAAGAACUGUUUUGUUUAUUUUAAUAUGGAUCUCAGCAUCCACCUGUAACUAAUUUAAAAAAAAAAGGAAAUAUUGGUCAGUCGUCUGUUGUCAGGUGUCCAGAUGUGAUCAAUUUCAUUUUUCAGGACAAUAUUUGAGGAACUGAUCUAAUAAAUAGUGGUAACAACUCACCGAACAGUGGAAGAGUUGAGUUGUUGGUACCUACAUAAGAAAGAUUGAGAGUUUUUCUAGCUUUCAGAUGAAUCCUUCUUUGGGCUAAAAGUGCGAGUCCAAACCCCCCCCCCCCCCAAUAUUUUCAACUCUCUCUCUCUCUCUCUCUCUCUCUCUCUCUCUCUCUCUCUCUCUCUCUCACACACACACACACACACACACACACUUGUACUAGUGAGAAAACAGUUUAUGAAAAAGAGAAGUUUGUGGACAUCAGAUAUAAAUUUGAAUGGGAGUGUGUUGAGUCGUAAAACUAGCGUACUACCAUAAAUAAGUGUAGACGACAGUAGUUUACCUAGCAGCUUUGGUCAGUUAAUGUUGCAGCCACCUUACCUUUACAUUGGGUGUGUUGCACACUUAUCAGGCAUCACCUCAUAAUGAUCACUGUCUUGAUAUAUGUGAUCAGUGUCUCACUAGAUUCCCCUAAAAAUCGGAAGUUGUGAGCUAUCUAGAGGAUGAGUGAGGAUCUAUAUAAAGCGCCGGCUAACCUACAGAACAAUUUUGUUCUACGUAGUUACCCUCUUAUCUCUUACUUAAGAAUAAACAGAACUUGUAACAAAACUGAAAUUGUGAGUGCUUAAUUAACAUUUUAUUCAAAAAUUUUUGGUUUGUAAUGUGAAACAGAGAAAUGUUGUAGCAGAAAUAAAAAAGCAAUACAGAUUUAUCAUUU